AUGGCGGACGAGGUGGUGGAAGACGAAGGCUGGCAGUGGCCAGGUGGGCGGUUCGCGGGAGUCGUUGCCCAAGCUCGAGGUGGUGCCGGCAAGCCAAUCACGUGGGGUCAAUGCGCCAUCACCACCGAAGAACUCCCGCGGCAACUUAUCGAUAGCGGCGGACCUUUUGUCGCGGCGCAACGGCAGCGCCCGGCAGUUUGCUCAUUGCUUCUCCAGCCGUCAACGCUCUGGUCAUGCCCGCCCUUGGGACCGUCGAGCCUCUCGACGUCCGACAUGCUUCGCUCCACAUGCCGCCCUGGUCGAUUGGCCGGUAGCGCAGCCCACGUUGCGACCAGCCGACCUGUUGUUCCUCUCCCAAGGAGCUUCUCGGCAUCGAGCCUGUCGCGAUCGGCAGAACAAGCUCCAACAACCUCAGCAGAGGACGAAUCGGACAAGUCUGGAGUUCGACGCAAGCCGCGCAAGCGACGAGAUGGCGAAACCGGGAGACGACAUGCGGAAGUGACCGGGAAGAAGGCGCAAGGCGCGCAAGCAGAUUCUGACGCCAGGUUAAACGAAUACCUCCGAAACUUUCAGCAGGAUGCCGCCGACGAAAAGGUUGCACAAGAGGAGGCGCCCAGAUCAUGGAAGAGCAUUCUGUCCGAGCGCAUCCAGGAGCUGAGAGGAAAGCCGUCAUCGAGUACACAGGCAAAAGCCCCAGCAUCCCAGCAAAAAGGGCGCGGGCAGGAAGGGCCGAUCGAAGGCGCAGCGUCGCCGCCUGCGCAGCAGCAAACAGGCAUUUGGACAUCUCUGCGCUCUAGGCUUCAAACAAAGCCUGUGGAAGUGGCAGAUGUCAAGGCGACCCGUCCAGACGAACCUGCGGCGGAGGGCAAAGAGGGUGCAGAGGAAGAAACCCGUCCGAGCCCGUCUGAGGAAGACGAUGGCAGCCCCAAGAAAGCGGCCGGCGGCAGAGCAAAGAAAACCAAGGCAAAAGCUGCCUUGGACGUCAAGAUUAUUCGACCACAGCGACUACGGCUCCGCCCCGUAGAGGAGGGGCCCUCGGACGUUCCGCAGCUGGCGCAUAAUCUCGACCGCGUGCUGUUCAAUCCCGGCGUCUACCACGUACAAGACCACCGCUCCCGGGUGUUCAACUUUGAUCCCUACUUGGCUACGAUAAUGCCGGUGGCAGAGUUCGACUUUGGUGCUCUCUCAGAGUACAUCACCUCGUCCAAGGACGUCAAGCUGCGACAGCUCGCCGCAAAGCACGACAUGAAGUACUGCGGCUCCACGUCAAGCAUGACGUCCAUACUCUCACACUUCCACUUCCUCCUCUCUGCGUGGCGCAAGCCAACGUUUGACAACCUGUCGCGGUCAUUGGAACCAGAGUCAACUAAUUUCACCGCCCUUACUCGAGGGCCUGCCGCGGCCUUUGCCCGCUUUCAAGAUGGCGUGUACGCCAUUGAUUCGGACAAGGAGUAUGAUACCGAGAAUAUCCUGAGUAUGCUUGGCAAGUCGAUGGAAAAGCUCUUCACGCUACCAAAGGAGGAGUUUGAACGGUAUCGCCGGUCCAAGUCGCACCAAAUUUCCGAGGAGGAGCGUAAUGCCGAGGAAUCAUACCACUAUACGACAUUGGGCGACUUCAUGAUGCGCUCGCAGCUCGACGCUUAUGACCCCCGACUUCCAGGGUCCGGUAUGUUUGACCUGAAGACGAGAGCAGUCGUGUCUAUCCGCAUGGACGUGAGAGGCUACGAAAAGGGCGUUGGCUACGAGAUCCGGAAGCGCUUCGGCCAGUGGGAAUCGUUUGAGCGUGAGUACUACGACAUGAUUCGGGCGGCCUUCCUCAAAUAUUCAUUGCAAGUGCGGAUGGGGCGGAUGGAUGGCAUCUUUGUGGCGUUCCACAACACGCAACGCAUCUUUGGGUUCCAGUACAUCAGCUUGUCGGAGAUGGACCAUGCCAUCCACGGCACGCCAGACAGACGAUUGGGGGACCAGGAGUUCAAGUGCAGCAUUGCCUUGCUCAACGAUCUCAUGGACCGAGCCACCAAGAAGUUCCCCGGCAGGACGUUGCGAUUGCACGUGGAGACGCGCCCGACCAAGGUGCCUCUGACAUACUUCUUCGUCGAGCCCGUCACCGACGAGGAGAUGAGGCGAACGCAAGAGGCAGGCAAACCAUCCGUGGAGCAGCUUGAGCGAGAGAUUCUCGGCCUCAGCCGGGAGGAGAGCGAAGCAGAAUCAGCGCAGGAGGAGGCAAAUGCCCAGGCCGAGCAGCAGCAGCAGCAAUCAGACGAGACAGACAAGGCUGCAGACGAGGCGGCACCAAGCGACCCGCAGAGCGAUGCAGCGUGGAAAGAGAUGAUGGCCAAGGUAGAAGACUCGGUCGAGAACGAGAGCCUGGGCAUCUCGUCGGUCAAGGAGGCGGUGCAAGACGCUUUGGAGCAGAGCGGACUGCUCAGCGACAAGACGGAAGUGGAAAGCGAAAAGUAUGUCGAUGAUCUGGUUGCGGCCCUGACGGCACACUCAUCGGUGAGCAAAGAGGCUCGCGAGGCGGCCGAGGCAAGGGAGGCGUCGGAGGAAGGCAGACAAGCUUCAGAGUCAUCAGGCCAGGAGACGAAGGCGGAGACUGCGUCGCUGACUGAUCUCAUUCUGCGGGUCACGGAGGGUAUCGAUGACAAGUCGAGCAACCUCAAGACGUUUGAGCGCAAGUUUGCCGACUUGGCAACGCAGUCCAAGAAGUCUGAGGCGGCCGGCGGCGAGCAGCCAGUCAAGGAGAAGGAGGAGUCCGCCGAAGAAUCGACGGAGCUUGACUCCGCCGCCGAAGAGGCCGACAAGGAUACCGAGGGGCAAGAGGAGAAGGAUCGUGAGAUCCUCGGCAUGUACGUGACGAUUCGCAACCGAGUCAACGGCAGCUUCGUGGAACGGCCAUCAAGCCCGGAAAAGGACUUUGACUGGGCCGUGCAGUACGCCAUCACGGAGCUGCCGGAUAAGAGAGCUCAGCGGAUCUACAGCAAGAUCAAGAAGCGGCGGAAGACGGUCCUGACGCAAGACCCGACGGCGCGAGCGGCCGACUGGUACCGCAUGUUCAAGGGCACGCUGCCCAUCAUGGCGAAGAAGGGCGAGAAGUACAGGGCGAUGAGGACGCAGCAAGAGGCGGGAAACCCUGUGUACGUUGCAUGGGACAAGAAGCCCCUGUCUCCCGAGGUUCCGCGAGCGGGGACCGACGGCAAGUCAGAAGUUUAA